AUGGCUGACAUGUGGCGUGUGGCAGUCUUGCUUCUUGCCGGCGCCGUCUGUUGUACGGCAGCUGCAGCGCCUUCAUUACCCACGGUGGACCUGGGCUACGAACUGCAUCAGGCAACAUACAAUUCGUCUGGCCAGUACUACAACUUCUCCAAUGUGCGUUAUGGCGCUCCUCCGGUCGGAAAACUACGUUUCUCUGCUCCAGAGGCCCCCAGCACAAACGGCACCAAAGUCUUCAACAACGGCUCUAGAGCUGUGACUUGUUUUCAGGUCCUGCCAGCUUGGGGCAUUUAUUCUGCAGAUUGGGUUGCCAAUGGCACAGCUGCUUUCAACAUCUCUGCUGGUUACCAAGUCCCUCCACUUGCAUCAACACCACCACCUGACCCUACUGCUACCGAGGACUGUUUGUUCCUUGAUGUGAUGGUCCCUAAAGCUGUCUUCGAUUCUGCUGGUCAAGGUCCGGGGGCACCAGUGAUGGUCUGGAUCCACGGAGGGGGAUACACACUUGGAUCCAAGACUCUCUACAGCCCUUCUGCGGCAGGCCUUAUCAAGGCAAGCCAGAGUCAAGGAGGGAAAGGCAUCAUCUGGGUUGCGAUGAACUAUCGCCUUGGAGCUUUCGGCUUUCUCUCCGGUCCAACUUUUCAGGAGUCUGGGACGGCGAACGCGGGCCUCUAUGACCAGCGCCUAGCGCUCGAAUGGGUGCAACAACACGUUGCCAAAUUCGGUGGAAAUCCGAAUCAAGUUACAGUGAUUGGAGAAUCCGCCGGAGGAGGCAGCACGAUGCACCAGAUCACGGCAUUUGGCGGCCUGAAGGGAAAAGUGCCUUUCCAGCAGGCUAUAGUCCAGAGCCCUGGAUUUCAAAUGUCGCCCAGCGUUACGCUGCAAGAGGCCAUCUACACCCAUUUCUUGUCCCUGGCGGGCAUCAACUCGCUCGAAGAAGCUCGAAACUUGUCCACUGAGGCACUUCGAUUUGCCAACUACAAACUUGUUGGGGGAUCUACCCCAUAUGGCACAUUCACUUUCAACCCUGUGGUAGACGGUGCCUUCGCACCCGAUCUUCCCGGGCAACUUCUUCUGCACGGAGGCUUCGACCAGUCCCUCAAGAUCAUGGCCGGCCACAACAUCAACGAGGGUCUCGAAUUCAUGGAUCCGUUUGCUCAAAACGAAACCGUCUUUGAAGCCGACCUCCGCAUAUACUUCCCUACCAUCACAGAAGCUACCGUCAAAUACAUCUCCCAGACACUAUAUCCGCCCAAGUAUGACGGUUCUGUCGGCUACACUACUCCCACCGGACGAAGCGAGUUGAUGAUCACGGAGGCGUUCUUCACAUGCAGUACCAACUUCUUGGCUCGCGCGUACAACAACAGUGUGUUCAAUUACAUAUUCAGCGUUCCACCGAGCCUUCAUGGAGAUGACAUUUACUACACAUACUACGAUGGUCCAAAUCCCUCGGUCAAGAAUGACACACUGGCGGUCAUUAUGCAGAGAUACUUUACCAACUUUGUCAUGAGUGGUAAUCCGAACGGAGCAGGAUUGCCCCGUUUCCCGACAUAUGGUGAGAAUACCACGGUGCUGAAUCUGAAUCUGACAACGAUUGGGCCGAUCAAGGACAAUGCUGCGAACGAGAGGUGCUUGUGGUGGCAAAAGGGCCUGUAUGCUUAA